GUCAGCUGACAGUCCGCUCCUGCCGCCGACAUCUUGCCUCCGACCGGAGGAGAGAGGAGAGUCCGGGUUUCACGGUCAAACGUCCUAAUGGAGAGACUUCAGAGCCGGAGCGGAUCUCUGUGAGCAGCCCGGAGACUCAACAGCAUCUCUGUGGAGCGGCUCUGACUGACAGGCGUCAGCCAUGAUUGGAGGACUCUUUAUCUACAACCACAAGGGGGAGGUGUUGAUCUCCAGGGUGUACCGCGAUGACAUCGGGAGAAAUGCGGUGGAUGCGUUCAGAGUUAACGUCAUCCACGCCAGGCAGCAGGUCCGCUCGCCGGUCACCAACAUCGCCCGGACCAGCUUCUUCCACGUCAAACGCUCCAACAUCUGGCUGGCGGCGGUCACCAAGCAGAACGUCAACGCCACCAUGGUGUUCGAGUUCCUUUACAAGAUGUGCGACGUCAUGUCCGCCUACUUCGGCAAGAUCAGCGAGGAGAACGUGAAGAACAACUUCGUCCUGAUCUACGAGCUGCUGGACGAGAUCUUGGACUUUGGUUACCCUCAGAACUCAGAGACUGGAGCUCUGAAGACCUUCAUCACUCAGCAGGGCAUCAAGAGUCAGCACCACACCAAAGAGGAGCAGUCUCAGAUCACCAGUCAGGUGACGGGGCAGAUCGGCUGGAGGAGAGAGGGAAUCAAGUACAGACGCAACGAACUCUUUCUGGAUGUCCUGGAGAGCGUCAACCUGCUCAUGUCCCCGCAAGGUCAGGUGCUCAGCGCUCACGUCUCCGGUCGGGUGGUGAUGAAGAGCUACCUGAGCGGGAUGCCUGAGUGUAAAUUUGGGAUGAACGACAAGAUCGUCAUCGACAAGCAGGGAAAAGCAGGGAGCUCUGAGGACGGCGGCAAGAGCGGUAAACAGUCGAUAGCGAUCGACGACUGCACCUUCCACCAGUGUGUUCGCCUCAGUAAGUUCGACUCGGAGCGCAGCAUCAGCUUCAUCCCUCCGGACGGAGACUACGAGCUCAUGAGGUACCGGACCACCAAAGACAUCAUCCUGCCGUUCAGGGUCAUCCCUCUGGUCCGGGAGGUCGGUCGCACCAAGCUGGAGGUCAAAGUCGUCAUCAAGUCCAACUUCAAGUCGUCGCUGCUGGCUCAGAAGAUCGAGGUUCGGAUCCCCACCCCCCUGAACACCAGCGGGGUUCAGCUCAUCUGCAUGAAGGGAAAAGCAAAGUACAAAGCGAGCGAGAACGCCAUCGUCUGGAAGAUAAAGCGCAUGGCGGGAAUGAAGGAGUCUCAGAUCAGCGCAGAGAUCGAGCUGCUGCCGACUAACGACAAGAAGAAGUGGGCUCGACCUCCGAUCUCCAUGAACUUUGAGGUGCCAUUCGCUCCGUCAGGUCUUAAGGUCCGGUACCUGAAGGUGUUCGAGCCGAAGUUGAACUACAGCGAUCAUGACGUCAUUAAAUGGGUUCGUUACAUCGGACGCAGCGGCAUCUACGAGACACGCUGCUGACCCCUCCACCGCCGCUCCCGGGGCUGAUGGGAAGGAAUCGUUGUUGUUGUCCUCUACAGAUCUGUGUGUGUUUAUUCAGUACAAAGUUUAAUCCCCACUUAUUCCAAAUGUCAGACGCUCAGCCAAUCACAUUCCAGAAACAGCUCAGCUGGCUCAGAGCCCAGUGUACCUGACAGAAAGGAGACCUGGACUGCGUCCGAAAAGUCAAAAACAAAUCUCCUUUCCUCGACCUCGAUGGAAAACGUCACGAGGUCAAGGAAAGAUGUGAAGGAGAAUCCAGAAGGACUCAGAGAAUCCGGCUGCUCGUUUCUAGGCAACGUAAUUAUGUGACGGCGGAUGUUACUGACGUGAUGAAACUACAAUGUUCUGAAGAUGGACUACAGAAAGCGCAUCUCUGACUCUGCGCCCCGUGUUGUUGUAAUGCAGGCCGUCUAAAGGUGGACAACACGGUGGAAUAUCAGCUUCAUAACCAAGAUAGCAAAAAGGCCUGUAGGUACCAGUCACCAAAUAAUGGACCGGGUCGUCAACCUCCUGCUCACGCUCAUCAACAUGAAUCCCAGUUAUUGUCUGUAAACAGUGUUUCCCACAGUAUGACAGCGUAACUGGGGCGAGAGAGAGAGAGAGCAAGCGAGCGAGCGAGAGGAGGUGCUGAGUGAAUAUAAGCGCUGCCCGCAGCUCUGUGAUCAGAAACGAUUUUACCCAUAGUGCAGUAACAAAAAUCAAUAUGUUGGCGUUCAGCUUUGAUAAUGCGAUCAACAAUCCUUUCCUUUGGUAACGGGUGGUCCGGUGUACCCUAUGCUAAAGGAGAUAUGAAAGGAAGCAUUGAGGCUCCUUUCCUCAGCUUUUAGAGAAUUCAUCAAGCAGCUGAAUUACUUCCAGGUCACUUCACUCAGUCAGAACCUUCCUGAGCAAAAAAGACUUUUCGGACGCAGCCCUCGUCCGAGAUAGACCAGGUUUUAACUAAUCAAGACCUUCUGGCUCGUAUGAAGUCAGCAGACCCACAGAGACCUCCUUGUAGAACCAGUGCUGCUGCUGUUUUUAGAUUACAUGUGAGCAGCAGAGGGAGGACAAACCAGGAACCUCAGCUGCACCUGAAACCCAGACCUGAGCGUGGGUCCCACAGACGUUAGUUUAAUGAGCAGAUUGAGAGGAAACGCCACAAUAAGGAGCAGAGUGAAGUAGAAAUAAAAUGACCUGUUAGAAGAAGGGUAAUGUAGUAAUA